UUUCUCAGCAGCAAACAACUACUACUCCCCCUGCCCCCAAGCAGCAGAGGAAGAGCCUUGCAGUUGCUAAUUUUGCUUUUUUUUUUCUCUGCUCUCUCACUCUCUCAAUUUCUUUCUUUCAUUUGGGUUCUUCUGAUUUCUCUUUCAAUCAUCCAUCUAUUUUCAGGGUUCAGCCUUUGUCUCUUGAGUUGUAAUUGUUCUCAAACUUUUUGUGUGUGGGGUGUGAGAGAGAGAGAGAGAAAAAUAAAACAAAACUACUGUAGAUCUUUGAGUGGCUUAUUUUUUUCUUCCUUUUGCUGAAUCUAGGUUGAUGAUUUCUCACUUUACACAAACUUAUUAGAGGAAAUGAAGAAGAAGAUACAAGGAAGGUAAAGUUUUGGUUCUUGUAAAGAAGAAGAAGAUAGUCUUGAUUGUAUGAUGAUGAUUAUGGUAGUAAUGAGUCUUUUGACUGAAUAAGAAGAAAAAAGAGAUAUCGAGUAUGAUAAAGCAUAAAGAAACCAAAAAUUGUCCCCAUUAACACACUGUCUCUAUCUAUUUCCUGCUUGUAAUUGUCAAUGACAGAAAAACUCUGAGAGGAUUUUUUUCUUCAUUUCAUUUCAUAUCUCCUCCUUUUCACACAUCUCAUGUGCUUUAACCUCCUCCUUCAUUAUUUUUCUUUUCAUCAUCUUUAUUAAAAUUAUUAUUACUACUACUACUACUACCUUGGGGGGUAUUCAUUAGUUUGUUUUUCUUUUUUCUUUUCUAUCUGUAAGAGAAAAAAUGCCAAUGUUUCAGCCAAUGUUUGAUGUGAGUGGAGGUGGACAUGUGUUAGAUCUGGAAACAGCAGUAAAAGAUGGGGUUUUGGGUGGUGGUGGUGGAGGUGGUAUCAUAUGUGGGGUUGCUGCUGUUGCUGUUGCUGAGAAAUUGGAUCUGAAGAAAAUGAUCAAUGAGCUUGAUUUAUCAUCUGAUGUACCAUCUGUAUUCAUAUGUCCAAUCUCAUUAGAACCUAUGCAAGACCCAGUUACUCUAUGUACAGGUCAAACAUAUGAGAGAUCCAACAUUCUCAAAUGGUUUUCAUUAGGUCAUUUUACAUGCCCGACCACUAUGCAGGAGCUAUGGGAUGAUUCUGUAACACCUAACAGGACCCUUUAUCAUUUGAUCUACAGUUGGUUUUCACAGAGGUAUUUGUUGAUGAAGAAGAGAUCAGAAGAUGUUCAAGGAAGAGCUUCUGAGCUAUUGGAGACAUUAAAGAAGGUUAAAGGUCAGGCUAGAGUUCAGGCUUUGAAAGAGCUUCAACAGGUAGUUUCUGCCCAUGCUUCUGUUAAGAAAACUGUGGUUGAAGAAGGUGGGAUUGCUUUGAUUUCAUCUUUAUUGGGUCCUUUUACUUCACAUGCUGUUGGGUCUGAAGCAAUUGGUAUUCUUGUUCAUUUGAAUCUUGAUUCUGAUUCUAAGACUAAAUUAAUGGAACCGGCUAAGAUUUCAUUGAUGGUGGAUAUGUUGAAUGAGGGAUCCAUUGAGACUAAAAUCAAUUGCACUAGAUUGAUUGAAAUGUUGAUGGAGCAGAAGGAUUUUAGGUCAGAGAUUGUCUCAAGUAUGAGUCUUUUGGUUGGGUUAUUGAGAUUAGUCAAGAAUAAGAGGUAUCCUAAUGGAAUUUCAUCUGGGCUUAGUCUGUUGAAGAUGAUAUGUUCACAUAAACAAGUUACAAACAUGGUUGUCACCAUUGGAGCUGUGCCGCAAUUGGUAGAGCUUUUGCCUGAUUUGAAUCCGGAUUGUUUGGAAUCUGCUUUGUUCAUUUUGGAUGUUCUCUCUAAUCUUCCUGAAGGAAGAUCAGCUUUAAAGGAUUGCCCACAUACAAUCCCAAAUGUUGUGAGGCUAUUAAUGAGGAUUUCCGAGAGCUGUACACAGUAUGCAUUAUCAAUUUUGUGGGCGGUUUGCAAGUUAGCUCCGGAAGAAUGUGCAUCAACGGCCGUAGAAGCCGGUCUUGCAGCAAAACUUCUACUUGUUAUUCAGAGUGGGUGCAAUCCAGUUUUGAAGCAGAGAUCGGCGGAGCUGUUGAAGUUGUGCAGUUUGAAUUACACAGCCACCAUUUUCAUAUCCAAAUGCAAGCUUACAAGAACAAUCCAAUGACGAAGAAAUGUGGCUAGUUGCCAGUGUACAUUUUCACCAGACACCCAAUUCAGCUGCUUGGGUUAAAGAUUCAAGGGCUUGUGCUGAAUUGGUGAAGAGAAGCUGCAGCAGCACCGCGAAACCAUAAAAUGGAAGCAAGCUUCUUGUCAAUCAAAUCAAUGGGAGGGUUAAUACUCGAUAGGUAACUAAAGUUCACUCUCUCUCCCUGUGUAAUACAAAAAUCCUGUAAUUUUCUUGAUUGAGUUCAAUACAUGAAGAAAACACCAUAAAGUGAUAAAUCACACAAUUUGGUCAUUAGUAUUGGAGAAGUUCUUGUAAUAAGAAGCCCCUGUAAGGUUCUGUAUCAUAUACUUAGGGCCAGUUUUGUUCUUGAAAAGCUAUCUUUGGAUCUGCAAUACAGCAUUGAGAAAUUUCCAUUUCAUUUUUAUGGAAUGGAUUCUUACAAUAGGGUUUGCAAGACAGUUAGAUUUGGGAUGGGAAACAUAUUGAAUCUGUAAUCUGUAAUGGUGUAGGCUAGAUUACCGGUUUAUGAAAUGUUUUCCUAGUUUUGUUUGUAGUUUCUUUUGGUUGAGGUGAUUUCAUACUACUCACCGUUGUAGAGACUGUAAAAGAGAGUCCAUCAUUCGGCUCACAGAAAUAUUCGCAAGUGUGUACAAUUAGAGAGUCUAUUGAUUCAUUUUCUCUUCAA